UCUCCCAGUUCUCUCUUUCGAAUCAUUCGCAUGGAAGAAGUGAAGAGAUAAAAGAUCUUUUGUUUCUCAGUAACAAAAAAUCUGUUUCUAAUCGAAUUAGAUUUUGAGUUGUUGGUUAAGCUUUCUUGAUUUUAGCAAAUCUAGUAGAGUUGAGCUCCUCAUAUGAGAAGCGUUUCAACAAAAAGUCUGUACCAGAAUCUGCUUAAGCUUUAUCGUUGCUCUACACCCCCGCUACCAUCGUGGUUUGCUCUUCUCCUCCCUCAACCUCUCUCCUUUUCUCUGUUAUGGCUUCAAAGACUGACGAUGAGUUAUCUUCGUCAAAAGACGAUGGGUUGUCUUCAUCGAUUUCAAAAGAUGCAUCGCUUCAGAUUACACCUUCAGUGGCUUCGCCUCCAGCGGCUCUGACUCCGGACGUUCUGUCCCCGACGCAGGAUCUCCGAACUCAAGCGUCGGAAUCUCUUGAGGCCUCUGAAUCUCUGUUACCUCUCGGUGCUGAAAACUGUGCUGGAACUCUUGCUGGACCUCCUGAAAAGAAUAACAUGAAACCUGCUCCAGAAUCACAGCUCCAUGGAAGUGGUGCUGAACACUGUGCUGGAACUCUUGUCGGACCUCCUGCCAUGGAUAACAUGGUCUCUGCUCCGACAACUCAGCUCUUCCAUGGAAGAGAUACUGAAAUCUCUACUCUGCCCCAUGGAACUCUUGGAACAGAUCCUACGAUGGCAUCACCAGCAAUUGAAGCGAGUAAGCAAGCUCUUCCUCAAGCAAAUGCUCCUUCGGAACCUAUCCAAGGCGCCUCUCCUUCUCAGUUUGUGCCUUCCUUAGGUUCAUGGGCUAAACCACUCUUUUUCAAACCUCCUGUUACUCCUCCUGACCCGAGUACUCCCAAAGGAUAUGAUCCGGUGAUUAUGGGGAACCAACUUGCUGCUCUGUGGCCAUCCCUCAAUGAUGAGAUCCUGAACAAGCAACCGAAAAGAUUGAGUCCACAAUCACGUAAUCUAUUCCGGGAUGCUACUCCGACUUACAGACUUGAUGGAACACCAGAGGUAUCUAUUCCUUCUAAAGUCCUUAGACUAGGACCUGAGAACAAGGAUGAAUAUGUCAUAGGCAAAUUUCAUAAGUGUUCCCUACCUCCGGGUGGACUUGUCCAUGCCGUAGUUAAUAAGAUUUGGGGAAGGAGUUGUAAGAUUUCUUGUAAGAAGCUUGAUGAUUCAUCUUAUAUGUUUCAUAUCCCUCAUCAACCUACUCGUCACUGGAUUAUUCAGAGAGGCGUUUGGCACAUUGAUGAUUGCUUGCUUUUUGUGUUACCGUGGACUCCAGAGGGCACUUUCAAAAUCCUAGAAGUAUCAACACUUCCGGUAUGGGUCAAUCUGAAAAAUGUUCUAGACUGCUGUUACUCCAGAUUAGGAAUGUCAUGUCGCUUCAGGUCUUGGAGAGCCUAUUUUAACUCACAAACCUCGUCUGGAUCCUACCAGUAUGAGUGAAGCAAAGGUAUUAGUUGAGAUGAAACUUGAUAGAGACUUUCCGAAGCUAAUAGCUCUUGAUGAUAAGCAGGAUAGUAUUUAUCUAGUAAAUGUUGAGUAUACUUGGAUUCCUUCUACUUGUGAGAGAUGUGGUAGUUUAAGCCACAACGCAAAAAUAUGUCUUUUGCCUCGUAAGCUUCCAGAGGAUUCAAAUUCGUUGGCUAAAUCAGUGGGUGUUAAUGAUGACAUACCUGUUGUUAAUAUUGAUCUCAUCCUACAACAAGAAGACAAUGUUGUGUCUUCUUCAUCAACUUCCCAACAAAAGGAAGCUUCAGCUCAAGUAAGUCUUCCUGCUGCUUUUUAACAUGUGGAGUUCUAAAUAUUCAGAACCAGUUCAAAGACUUGGAUGUUCUUCCUGCUGCUUCUGUCUCGGAAGUUACCAUCAUCACGAAAGAUGUUUCACGAUCGCAUUCUGGUUUGGAAACUGAAACACAAUCUUUAUAUGUCUCUUCUAACACUUCUAUGGACUGCCAAGAUACACAGGUUGCAGGGUACAAAACUAUCUCCUCUUCUUCACAAAUUCAAGAGGAAAAUCAAAUUGCAUUGCCAAGCUUGCCCAAGAUAUUUUCCCCAUUAGUAGAUUCUCAAUCUGCUCCCACUUCAACACAUAUUAUGGAUUCUUGUCCAUCAAAGAUUAUCAGCAGUGAGGACCACAAAUUCUCAGUUGUUGAUCUCUUAACCACAACACUUCUAGCAAGUGCAUUUGAGAGUCCUUCUCGUUUCACCGUGCUUGGUAAUGUGGAUGAAACCUUGGUUUGACAAGGGGUGGGAGGGAGACAAAACCUCCUAUCAAAUAUCAGGAUUUGGAAUGGAAGACACCACAUGGGAGAGGAAAACAUGGUCGACGUGGUCGUGGAUCCAAUCACUAGUUCGUUCACCCAUUUCAUUGUUGAUUAAACUCGUUUCUACCUUAGUUUCAUAGCUAGGUUUGAGAUGUUUUAUAUCAUGAAGUCUAUUCAUGCAAGCUUUUUCUAUCUAUAAGGCAAUUUAACCUUAUCAUGUAAACAUCUUAUAUAUUAA